GAGGUCAGAGGAGUGAUGCCUUCAGGGUCGGCUCUGUUGUGUCUGCUGCUCCUGCACACUGGAGCUCAUGGUUUUGGAAUAUUGCCAGGUAAAUCUGAGAGUCACCUGGAAAUUACCGAGAGGGCGGUUUUAAAUGCCACAGUGCAGGUGUGUCGAGCCAUCGCCCAGGCUGAGGGGACAGACUUCACUUCUCCUGCGCAACCUUUCACUGUAGAGAAUGUUGCUGUUGCCUGUAACUCUCCACAGUCAUCUAAGACUUUCCGCCAAGCCAUUCAGCUCAUCAUUCUGAGGAAUGUACGUGUGGACAUCCGCCAUGCCCUUAAUGCAAGCUUCCACUUUGAUGAUGAGAGCUUUAUUCAAGGGAGGAAAAUCAUCACAGCAGGACUACAAGUGGUCAAAGCGAGUAACAAGCAAGAAAACUAUGAGGCAGCGAGGCAGAAAUUGGGAGAGAUUUUGCAUCCUUUACAGGACUUUUACAGUCAUAGCAACUGGGUGGAGCUGGGAAAGCUAUUCCCAAACCCCAAUCUGAUCAGAUCAGACACCAGCGUUGGAAACUUAACAGAUGAGAGCACGGCGACGUGUCGCAGCUGUGAUGGAGACGACUGCACCAACAACAUCUUGGAGGUUAUCAUAAAUGAGCAAAUCCUCAUUUCUGGCUACUUUGGCAUCGUGCCUUUAGUCUCAACCAAACCCAAAGGAAAGUGCAGUCAUGGAGGAGCAGUCGAUCAAACGAGUAAACUGGAUCCUAAAGGUGGCAUCAACAAAGACACCUUCAGCUCCGACCACGGACAUCUGCACACUGCAGCAGCAGACAUGGCUGUAGCUGCAACCAGCGGCCUUCUGGAGGACAUUCGAGGGGCGGCUGGGGACAAACAGUUCCUACAGAUGGUGGGGAUCUCCAGAGGAUCCAGUAAAGCUCUUUGUUUUGUCGUUGACACCACAAGCAGCAUGCAGGACGACAUCGAGGCAGUGAGAAGUGUCACUUCCUCUAUAAUCGACAGUGAGGUGGGAACAGAAAAUGAGCCUUCAGUUUACAUCCUGGUGCCUUUCAAUGAUCCAGAAUUUGGGCCGCUGAUAAAAACUACAGACUCUGCAGCGUUCAAGACCGUUAUAAACACACUACAAGCAUCUGGUGGAGGAGACGAUCAAGAGCUGAGUCUUUCUGGGCUUCAGCUGGCUUUAUCCAGAGCUCCUUCGAGUUCUGAGAUCUUCCUUUUUACCGAUGCACCUGCUAAAGACACAUACCUGAGGAGCACCGUGAUCGCACUCAUAGAGAGGACACAAACUGUGGUGAACUUCUUCAUUACUGACUCAGUGGUUGUGAAUCGUCGGAGGCGGCGACAGUCACGCCAGCUUUCAGCCUCAGACGCUCAGCUGUACAGAGAUCUGGCUCAGACCUCAGGAGGUCAGGCUGUCGAGGUCACCAAGAGUGAACUUCCAGCAGCUGUUAGCCUCAUAACCGAGUGCACCAGCCCCUCUCUGGUGACUCUUCUGCAGGCAGCGAGGAACCCAGGAAUGGCUCAUAAUUUCACUUUUAGAGUGGAUGAAACAGUAACAAACCUCAGAGUUUACAUCACUGGCAGCUCCAUCACUUUCACUGUCAUCAGCCCCACAGGUGAAUCUCAGCAAAGCAGCGACACAUCCGGCUCUCUGAUCUCUGCAUCCCAAUCUGUGGGCAACUUCCAGUCUCUGCAGCUCAACAAACAAGCUGGAAUGUGGGAAAUAAAUAUGGUGUCAACAAAUCCUUACACUCUGAAGGUUGUAGGUCAGAGUUCUAUCGAUUUCCUGUUUGACUUUGUAGAGGUGUCUCAGGGCCCCUUCGGAGGGUUCGAUGUUCUAGACACACGACCCAGAGCAGGCGUCAACGGCAGCUUGUUGGUGUCUUUAACGGGAAGCAACUCUGCCACGGUGACAGCAGUCAGUCUGGUUGAAUCAGGCUCAGAGGAGAUAAGAGGAGUGGUGGUUCCGCAGGGCAGCGGAAACUUCUUAGUGCAGGUCGACAGGAUACCGUCAGUGGAGUUUUCUGUUCAAGUGAAGGGACAAGACAACAGCUCUUCCUCCAGCUCUUCAUCAGUCAUCUUCCAAAGGCAGUCGUCCACCAACUUCAGAGGCUCCAACAUCACUAUUACCGCCGAUUCAAACAGUAUCCUGGAACCAGGAACACCUUUCUCUGUUCCCUUCUCUCUGAUGACCAACGGAACAGGAGGAAACUUCACCAUCAGAGCCACCAACAGCAGAGUCUUUGACUCAACGUCUCCAGCCAGUUUAAUCCUAGAAAAUGGAAAAAGAGCAAACGGUACAGUGACCCUGUCAGCUCCUCUGAACACUCCAUCUGGAAGUGACGUCACCCUGACCAUCGAGGCCGAAGCUCCAGACAGAAGUGACACCAACUACAUUGUGCUGCGCAUCUCCAUCGUUAACACGGUGACUGAUUUCACUGCACCAGUGUGUGAGCGUCUCAGCUUACAGUCCAACUGCUCUGAGAACUGCAGCUUGUCUUUGUGGUCGGUGUCUGUGCGGGUGAAUGAUGGUGCUGACGGGACGGGGGUCGACCGGGUCACCCUCAAACAAGGAAACGGGACCAUGAACACUAGCCUGUUAUCUGGCAACGAGAACAUAACGCUGGUGUUCUACAACUCGUCCUGCUGCUCUCCUGAAAUGCAGCUGCAGGUUGUGGAUCGCGUCGGUAAUGUUGGAUCAUGUUCCUACAGUUUCCGUGAAGGUUCAUCAGGCGCCCUGUCUGCAGCCAUUAGAGUCACUCUGUCACCAGUUCUUUGCUUCAUCAUGGUGGUGUUUGGACUCCACAAACUGACAGAAGUAGGCAUCAAAUGACCCAAUGUCACAGUGGCAAAUAGUUUAAGUAAGUAAUACAUACUAUGAUUGCCUACACAUUUUUCAUGCAUAAUACAUAGUUUACUAGUACAGCCUUAGUUAAAUGUUUAAUCAUAAAUUCUGCUCUAAGAAAAAGAAACUGUGGUUCCAUCCUCCAGCCAGCUCAUCUUCUGUUUCCACAAAGUUUUGGUUCGUCUUUAAAACCUGCUGAUUACUGCUAAGUUCCUCACGGGCCCGGGGCAGCUAAUCGGGAGGGCCAGUCUGAUGUUUGGGCUGCGAGGGCCGGUGUUCAGUCAUGGCACUGGGUUGAUCAUUCUGCUGCUACUGCUGUUCCUGGACCACCUCCACUGGCAGCUUUUUUUUUUUUUGCACACGCACCGUGACGUAGCAUGUUUGUGCACAUGGUCAGAGGUGUUUGAAAGAUGGAAAUGUGAUGUUUUAAUUUCUCUGUGAAUAACUGCAGUCUUCAUGGAACAGCUGGAGUUGUAACAUCUGUCCUGAUAUUGAUCAUGAAGUAUUGAUCAGAAUACUUCUGGUCAGCAGUCAUCCCUGAAGUUUUACAUUCAAAUCUUUACUGUUGUGAACUUUGCUAAGAAGCAGAAACUUUAGCGUUGCCGUGGAUACAUGAGGGUUAAACUCUGUCCAUGUUUCAUUAUGGGAUGCAGUCCAACAGAUGAGUUUGUUUUUACUGCCAGCUACGAUUCAUCCAUCCUCUAUACACCGCUUUAUCCUCACUAGGGUCAUGGGGGGUGCUGGAGCCAUCCCAGCUGACUCGGUUGAAGGCAGGGGACACCCUGGACAGGUCGCCAGUCUGUCACAGGGCUACAUAUACAGACAAACAAUCACACUCACAUUCACACCUACGGGCAAUUUAGAGUUAUCAAUUAGCCUCAGCAUAUUUUUGGACUGUGGGAGGAAGCCGGAGUGCCCAGAGAAAACCCACGCAUGCACAGGGAGAACAUGCAAACUCCAUGCAGAAAGAUCCCAGACCCACCCUGGGAUUCGAACUCGGGAUAUUCUUGCUGCAAGGCGAAAGUGCUAACCAGUACAUCCACUGUGCAGCCCAGCUACAAUUCAGUCUGAGAUAUUAAGAAUAAAUAAAUGUGCAUAAUGUGGAAAUGAAUAGAUUUUAUUUUUAUUUAUUCCUACAGCUACUGCAGGUAAAAUUCCAGAAUGUGGAGGAAUUUAUUCUCACAAUCACAGACAAUAAAUAUGAUCUGGAAGUCGGGUUAUUGUUGUUUAUCAGCACAAUACAAAAAGAUUCAUGCUAGAAAUAUUCCAGGUAAGACUCUAGAAUAUCAUGAUUUCUGUAAAUUUACCUCAAUAAUCUGAAUGUGUCAUGGUCCCACUCCAGCUCCUGCCCUUUUUCCUCCUCUUUUCCUUCCUUUCCCCAUUUUUGCCCCUCUGUGUGCGUUUUGGCUUGUGUACCUCUGUCUCCCUCUGUCUGUUGUCCUUGCCUCCUAUCUCUCUCUCCCGGUCGCUCGCCCUCUGGCUCUCCCAGCUGAUUGCUGCAUGGGCAUCAGCUGCAGUUAAUCAGUCAACUCCACUCAGCUGCUCCCCUCCUCUGCCAUUUAAGCUCUGCUCUUCCCCUCACUCCCUGCUGGAUCAUUGUUUGACAGACUCACAUGCCGUCCCCGAAAAACCCAAUUCCCUCUGGACUGCGUCAGUUUUUGGACUCCUCCGCUUCCCCUCUUUUUGUGGCUUUCCCCCUUGGACUCACUGUUUUUGGAUUUGACCGCAGCCUGUUGGUCCCCUUUGUUAUUAGAUUUUCCCCAGUGCGUGAGUGCCUUUUCUUAGCUCUGCUAUUCUCCGCUGUUUGGUUCUGCUUUGCCACUUCAGUUCUGUUUUCGCUGUAGUUUUUGAUUCAGAUUUCAUAAACCCCUUUUUCCUUUAACACCUGGUUGCCUGUCUAUUGUGUCUGCGCCUGGGUUCUCCCACCUGCUUUUUGUAAUGCAGGGGUGUCAAACUCAGUUCCUGGAGGGCCA